GGCGCGUGCGCAGUAACGGGAGCUGUCGGCGCCGGGUGACAGCGAGCUGUAGCAGCCGGAUGGGCCCUGGCAUCGUCAUGGCGGCCGGCGGGCGGGUCCUGCUCGUGUCCCUGCUGCUGUUCCUGAGCGGGCCGGGGCUUGCGCGGGGCUGGGACCAGCCGGGGAGAGUUUUGUUGCGGGAGGUCCAAGCUCUCACUUUCUACAGAGAUCAAUAUACUACUUCUCGGCGGACAUCUCCAAUUCCCCAGUUACAAUGUACUGGAGGUACGGCUGGAUGUGCAUACGUCCCCGCGAUUGUUCAGUGUCAUAACAAAGGCUGGGAUGGCUUUGACAUACAGUGGGAGUGUAAGGCAGACUUGGACAACUCCUAUCGCUUUGGAAGAAUCGAAGUGAGCUGUGAAGGCUAUGAUUAUCCAGACGACCCUUACAUCUUAAGGGGAUCUUGUGGUUUGCAGUACGGGUUAGAGUUAACCGAGGAAGGCCAAAGAAAAGCAAACAACUUUGGUGGAAGCUUUGGCUCCAGCUAUUACCAGUCAAGUAAAGUGAAUUCUCAGGAUUCCUCUAACUCUGUUGCUGGAGUGAUCAUCGUAAUAGUACUUCUGCUCCUUGCUUAUGGAUGUUACAAGCUAUUCCUCAGUAAUCGGCUGCCUCAACAGGAUUUCUCUAAUGGUGAUGGAUACUCUAGGACGUCUUGGCAGAAUAAUCAGACACCACCUCCUCCUGGUUUUAAAUCCAGCUUCACAGGAGCUGGUGGUUUUGGUGGCAGUUCCGGUUCUGAGGCCAAUUUAGGAGGAGGAUUUUGGACUGGACUCGGAACAGGAGGCCUACUAGGAUACUUGGCUGGUAGUCAAAGGGCACGACCACAUUCCUCAUAUUUUCCAUAUGCCAAUCCAUAUGCCGGUCCUACCGCUCCUCCUCCUCCAGGUGGAAAUUCAAGUGGCUCUACAGGGCCUCAUACCUCAGGGACAAGAACUGCUUCUGGCUUUGGAGGCACAAAAAGGAGAUGAUGUUCUUGGUUCCCUGGCACGGUUGCAGUUAAAUACACUCUUCCUCCCUGCAUUUUAGUGCCUUCUUUUUAAAAUGUGGAGCUUCAGUUUUUAAAACCUAUUGAAAUCCUUCUCCAGAGGACUUAUGGGCUGGGUGUUGAGUUAGAAAUAUCUCCACAGCUUAGAGUUUAUUUUAAUAAGAUGGUCCUUGGAUUUAGAUGUUGUAGAUGUUACGCUUUGGAUAUCUGUUUUGAAAAGAAAAUGGAGAUAAGAUCAGUGAGCAGAUACUGCUCUUGGUGGUGAGAAGUUUUUUUUUGAUGUGUUCAGACUAAAGUCGGUAUGACUGUGUUGGAGAGGAAUGAAUGAAUAAAUAUAGGCAAUGAUUUUUUCAUAGCCCUAACAGAGAGGUUGGAUACUACCAUCUUGUUUAGAGAUUUAGCAGGUAU